AUGAAGUAUAUUCCGGUUCAAUCAUUCGUUGAAUCUUCAUUUUUCACUAAGUUGUCUGAAUUAAAACUCGAUAAAUUCAAGCUUGAUGCCUCUGAAACUAACUUGACAUGUUUUAUGACACACCCAAAGAAGUUAAAUAAGUUUAAUGAUGUGCCCACUAUAAUCCUAGAUCAUAGCAGUUUUGAAGCACAUGAUACUCAGGAUCCGACAAACAUAUAUUUGGAUGGUACUUUGUUAAAUGUGAAUACUAUUGAUGAAUUUAAAUCUCUUGAUAAGCAGAAAUUAUUACAAAGAGGGGGGCAGGCAAUUUACGAUAAAAUUACUUCCAAUGACCUUGACUUCAAGACUUUUAACAAAUUUUUUGUAUUGGCGUUUUCUGACUUGAAGAAAUAUAAAUUUUACUAUUGGGUUGCUUUUCCAACGUUUCUGUCUCCAUGGGAACUUGUCAAAAAGGUAGAUAAUGUCGAUCUGCAUUUAGAAGAAUCUAUUCAAGACCAAUUAGACACUACUUUUCAGCAAUUUUAUCAACUACAGUCACAGAAUUUAGUUCCUUUGAAUUGCAUCGGGAAUCAUAGAAGUGGGACUUUUGUUUUCAUCGAUUCAUGCUUAAAUCCCAAACAAUUGCCCUCAGCACAGCUCAAAAAUUAUUUGUACUUUCUCGCGUUCAAGGGCUAUACAGAGCUUGACAUCAUUGUUUACAGGAAAAACAAUCUUUCCUUCUUAUUGAAGUUAACUUUGAGCAAGGGCUUCGAUCGAGAUACACUCCCUAAGAUUACUGGUUGGGAAAGAACAAACAAAGGAACUAUGGGUCCAAAGAUGGCUAACCUAGGAUCUUUGAUAGAUCCUCACCAACUAGCAGAGCAGGCGGUAGAUUUGAAUAUAAAGUUGAUGAAAUGGAGAAUCGCGCCCGACUUGGACCUCGCAGCCAUUAAAAGCCAAAAGAUAUUAUUACUAGGCGCGGGAACUCUUGGCAGCUAUGUUUCCAGGGCAUUGAUGGGAUGGGGUGUAAGGAAGAUUACUUUUGUUGAUAAUGGAAGGAUUUCAUAUUCGAAUCCUGUGCGACAGCCUUUGUUUAAUUUCAGAGACUGUUUUAGCGAUGAAGGAAGAGGUGAACUCAAGGCAAUAAGGGCUGCGAAAGCAGUUGGCGAAGUCUUCCCUGGCGUGAUUUCAAAUGGGUAUAACCUCGAAGUACCUAUGAUAGGGCAUCCAGCUACAGAAGGUCUGGAAAAGAGCUUCAAGCUCCUCGAACAGCUAUUUGACGAACAUGAUGCUAUUUUCUUGCUAAUGGAUUCCAGGGAGUCAAGGUGGCUUCCAACAUUAAUGGGGUUGGCAAAAAACAAGACAGUUAUAAAUGCAGCGUUGGGUUUUGAUGGAUUUUUGGUAAUGAGACAUGGAACUCUUAGACAACAUGAACGAUUAGGUUGCUAUUAUUGCAAUGAUGUUGUUGCUCCAAAUGAUAGCUUAUCGGAUAGAACACUAGACCAAAUGUGCACUGUUACUAGACCAGGGGUGGCUUUAAUGGCUUCUGCUUUAGCCGUGGAAUUAUUUAUUUCUUUAAUACAACAUCCUGACAAGGAUAGAGCACCAGUCACUGAAGGUAAACUAGGUUUGGUCCCACAUCAAAUAAGAGGAUUCUUACAUAACUUUCAUCAGACACUCCUACUGGCGCCAAAUUAUAAACACUGCUCUGCUUGUUCUCAACCAGUGUUGGAGCAUUUUGAAAAUGAGGGGUGGAAAUUUGUGGAAAAAUGCCUUAAUGAUUCAACCUAUCUUGAAGGUAUCUGUGGUUUGGCUGAGGUCCAAAAAGAAGCUGAGUUGGCCUCUGAAGCGUUAUUAAGAGACCUUGAGCUCAGCGAUGAUGAAGAUCAGGAAUGGCUUGACUGA